GCUUAACGCAGCUUCCACUCGCGGCAGCAUCGAUGAGCUGGAAGCGUAUUGGUCUGUCUGCGGAAGACAGCUGAGCGCUACAAACAUCGAGUCACUGUUUGAACAUCCAGCUCCAACUUACAGAACACUGUCAGAUCCCAACACGUCCACAAAACCCGCUCGCUUCACUUCCCGUCAUCUCAUCCGAAAUUACUUUCACCAUCAUCAUCCUCAUUUACUCGCGCUGCUUCAGAUUAUCGGCUGAAAACAGGGGAACACGGACAGAUAAAAAGAAAACAUCCCCCAAACCAAACGGAGUCUGGUGAAAUGCUCGGCUGCCUGUUUUUUUAAGGAGGAGGGUGUCCAACGCUAAGCUGUAGUUUCUCUCCAAGAGGCGAGGAAUGCAAUCUGAGCAUCAAUGUUUCACUGGGGCAAGUGGAAGAAGAGGAUGGGAGCCAACAGUUCUUCAAAGAGACCAGUGUUCGACGAGAAGGAAGAUGUGAACUUUGACCACUUCCAGAUUUUGCGGGCGAUCGGAAAAGGGAGCUUCGGAAAGGUAUGCAUUGUGCAAAAGAGGGACACAGAGAAGAUGUACGCCAUGAAGUACAUGAACAAACAGCAGUGCAUAGAGAGAGAUGAGGUCCGAAACGUCUUUAGAGAGCUUGAGAUCCUACAGGAAAUUGAACAUGUAUUUUUAGUCAAUCUCUGGUACUCCUUCCAGGACGAGGAGGACAUGUUCAUGGUGGUCGACCUCCUGCUGGGAGGAGACCUGCGCUACCACCUGCAGCAGAACGUCCAGUUCAGCGAAGACGCCGUCAAGCUCUACCUGUGUGAGAUGACUCUGGCCCUGGACUACCUGCAGAGCCAGCACAUCAUCCACAGAGAUGUGAAGCCGGACAAUAUCCUUUUAGAUGAACAAGGUCACGCUCACCUGACAGAUUUCAACAUAGCGACCAUAAUAAAGGACGGAGAGAGAGCCACGGCGCUGGCUGGAACCAAGCCCUACAUGGCUCCAGAGAUCUUCCAGUCGUUUGUCAGCGGAGGCACAGGCUACGCUUUUGAAGUGGACUGGUGGUCGUUGGGGGUGACGGCCUUUGAGGUGCUGCGUGGAUGGCGGCCGUACGAUAUCCAUGCCAGCAACUCGGUGGAGUCUCUGAUCCAACUCUUCAGCACGGUGAGCGUCCAGUACAGCCCAGCCUGGCCCAAAGACCUGGUGGCACUGCUGAGGAAGCUGCUGACUGUGAACCCAGAGCAUCGGUUUUCCAGUCUGUCUGACAUGCAGACGUCUCCGUACCUCGCCGCCGUCAACUGGGACGCCGUGUAUGAGAAGAAGAUGGAACCUGGAUUCGUUCCUAAUAAAGGUCGGCUCCACUGCGACCCCACCUUUGAGCUGGAGGAGAUGAUCCUGGAGUCGCGACCCCUCCACAAGAAGAAGAAGAGGCUGGCUAAGAACCGCUCUCGAGACAACAGCAAGGAUUCACAGUCUGAGAACGACUACCUACAGGAGUGCCUUGAAGUGGUGCAGCAAGAGUUCAUGAUCUUCAACCGCGAGAGGUUGAAAAGGCGCCAGGAGGAGGGCCAGUCGGAGGCCGGGGGCGACGACGCCAGCGCCGACAGGGACGACGAGGCGGAAACUGGGGUCGCCGACGACAACGCGCAGGAUCCGGACCCAGAGCCGGAGCCCGACCCGGAGCCGGAGUCCUCCUCCAAACUGAGCAUGUGCGGCUCCGUGUGCUCGUCCCCCGGCAGCUGCUAGCCCCACACAGCGACGGAUCUGUCUGUGCCGUGCCAAUAGAUCCCCCCCUUCACCUCUCUCCUCUGUCGCCGAGGAAACGCACACAGAGGAGGAGGCCGGGGGGGGGCGAAAUGACCCAAAAUGGCUGCCCCAAUGUUCCGUCUCUUUUACUUUCCGUAGCAUCUUUCUGGUAAGGCAUGAAUGAAGCAGAUCCCCAGAGACUCUCUGUGCUCAUAGAGUAAGCUCUAACUUCUAUGCAAUGUAACAUUAUAGCAUGAUAAAUAAGGUUUCCACUCACUGGGAAGUGUUGAUCGUAACCACGGUGACAUCCUGAGCGACAGCGCCCCACAGCUUAAAGCUGCAGUAUGUAAUAUUGUGUUUUUUAUAAAUUUGUUUAAACUGUCGCCAUGUUGUGAUGGCGUAACAUGAGACAGAUAAUCUGUGAAAAAAUCAAUCUCCUCCACCUCUUCCUUGAGCUACUUAUGCUGUCUGAAAAAAUGCACGAAAACAACCAAUCAGAGUAGGAGGCGGAUCUUAACGCUGUGAAUCAAGCUCAUGUACCCGCUUCUAAAUGUAAAAAUGGUGGAGAAGCAACUUACCGUUACAGGAAAGCCAUUUAUCAACUUCAUCAGUAGCUAAAAUUCUAAUAAAUAGGUUUACAAAGAAUAAAACAAAAUAUAUUAUAUCUACAAUUUCAGUGCGUUUACAUUAGCUUUACAAACGCAUGAUGUAGCUCCAGUUAGUUUAAUGUUUCCUCAUUAACUCGUCACUGUUUUUAUUUAGUUAAUGAAAAACAUUUUCUCAAUUUCAGUUUUUGUUAUUUUGUUGCCAUUAUAACCUCGUUAGCACUGGGAGAAAGCAGAUUUUUUCACAGAUUCGCUCUUUCAUAUUAUACUGUCGCAACAUGUUGACGGUUUCGACAAAUAAAAAUAAAUAUCUCUUGUAAAAGUUUCAUACAGAAGCUUAAGUUGGGUUGCUUGGUUUGGUUGAGGCUCCUCUGGUUCUCCUCAAAGUGCCAAAUCCGAUCGGGACGACUCAGAAGCCACUCGGUUUGCUGUCGUCUGUGUUUCCGCUUUGCUCUUCCCUCCCAGCCUCUCGUACGAUCAUGGUGUGGAGAGAGAACGCCUCCUUUCAGCUCCACGACUAGUUAUUUUACUAUUCAACGACCCGACGUUGAGGCGAGUGUUUUCUGUCUCGCUUGUCUAAGAAUAAAUAACCUCAGAUUGAAAGAAAUUGACUUAAAAUCCUUCACAGGGUGAUGGGCACGACUCCAAGAUUAUUGCUGAUACUUUUCCAUCUUGGCAUUGUGUUAAAAAGCAUCUAAAUGCUCCAGAGAAGCAAAAUGGCUGCAAAUAUACAGAAGCAGUUAGGGCAUAUUUAGUUUUCCACAUACAGCUCUUACUUUUUGACCUCUGACCCUUUUUUAAGACUUGAGAUUAGAUUAAAAUAUAACCGUGGAGCCUGGUAAAGACAAGAUAAUACAUAUUAUGUCCUGAUCCCUAAAAAAGUAGGUGUUCUCUCUUUUUUUUACAAUUAUUAUGUGUUUAAUGCAAAAACACAAAAUCUUACCAAUUAUUUUUUUGUCUAGUUUCUUGUAAAAAUAUCUUAGUUUUGUGUUAUUCCAAGUAAAUUAACUUGUAGUAAGAUAUAGGAGCUUGUUUUAAGCAAAUUAUUAAUAUUCACAUUGAUGAAAAAGAACUAAUUCAACUGGCAGA